AUGUUUUUACCCCCAAUCGGUCAACCGCCUCAUAAUUUUGGAGGUAAUGGAAAUACAGCAAAUCAACAACAAUCGCAACAGCAACCGUUACAAAAUGCUCAGCAAACGACUUACCAAACACCUCCGUCACAGCAACAGGGUCCACCUGCACAAAUGUCUCUUGUUCCACAGCCAUCACAAACUCCGCCUCAAAGUGGCGGUAUGGGCAUCUUAACUAUGUUAAACCCUCCAUUAGAUCUUUCUCCACCACCUCGUCCAGAUUUUGGUCGUGAAGGUCGUACAAUCAAAUUACGUGCCAAUCAUUUUUCUAUUCGUAUUCCUCCUAUUCUUAUUCAACACUAUGAUUUAAAUAUUCAACCUGAUAAAUGUCCAAAACGUGUUAAUCGUGAAAUCAUCGAUACAAUGGUGAAUAAAUUUCAAAAUAUUUUUAAUACACAACACCCAGCAUUUGACGGAAAACGAAAUUUGUACACAAAAGAUCCGUUACCUGUUGGACGUGAUAAAAUUGAACUGGAAGUCACUUUGCCUGGACCGGGUGAAGGACGAGACAGAUGUUUUAAAGUGCAAAUGAAAUGGAUGGCGCAAGUUAGUUUAGUUAGUUUACAAGAUGCACUACAAGGACAUGGACCACCUGUGCCAAACGAAGCUGUAUCUGCUCUUGAUGUUAUUAUGCGACAUUUACCUAGUAUGAAAUACACUCCUGUUGGUCGUUCAUUUUUUUCUCCACCUGAUAUUCAGUACAAUCCAUUGGGUGGAGGACGAGAAGUAUGGUUUGGUUUUCAUCAAAGUGUUAGACCAUCAUAUUGGAGAAUGUCGUUGAAUAUUGAUGUUAGCGCAACAGCAUUUUAUAAAUCGCAACCUGUUAUUGACUUUUUGUGUGAGGUAUUAGAUAUUCGAGAUAUAGCUGAACAACGGCGCCCAUUAAAUGAUGCGCAACGUGUCAAAUUUACAAAAGAAAUUAAAGGUUUGAAGAUAGAAAUAACCCAUUGUGGUAAUAUGAAACGUAAAUAUCGUGUUUGUAAUGUAACAAGAAAACCGGCACAAUAUCAGACAUUUCCAUUGCAACUAGAAAGUGGUCAAACAGUUGAGUGUACAGUAGCGAAAUAUUUCUACGAAAAACAUCAUAUGAAGUUACAAUAUCCACAUCUUCCUUGUUUACAAGUUGGACAAGAGCAAAAACAUACUUAUCUGCCACUUGAAGUUUGUAAUAUCGUACCUGGUCAACGUUGUAUUAAAAAAUUAACGGAUAUGCAGACAUCGACAAUGAUUAAGAGUCAAACGGAAAUACCUCAGGCUACAGCUCGUUCGGCACCAGAUCGUGAAAAAGAAAUUAAUAAUCUAGUUCGUAAAGCUGAAUUUAAUAACGAUGUAUAUGUAACGCAUUUUGGUAUAUCAAUUAUAAAUCAAAUGACAGAAGUACCAGGAAGAGUGUUGACAGCACCCAAAAUACAAUAUGGAGGCAGAACAAAGGUUAUCGUAACUCCAAAUCAAGGUGUGUGGGAUAUGCGCGGCAAACAAUUUCAUACUGGAAUUGAAAUUAGAACAUGGGCUAUUGCUUGUUUUGCACCACAACGAAAUUGUAAUGAAGCGGCGUUAAGAACAUUUACUCAACAAUUACAGCGUAUAUCAAAUGAUGCUGGUAUGCCAAUUGUUGGUCAACCCUGUUUCUGUAAAUAUGCAACAGGAAUCGAACAAGUUGAACCAAUGUUUAAAUUUUUAAAAACAACAUAUCAGGGUCUUCAACUCAUUGUUGUUGUCUUACCUGGUAAAACGCCUGUCUAUGCUGAAGUCAAACGUGUUGGUGAUACUCUUAUCGGUCUUGCUACUCAAUGUGUUCAAGCUAAAAAUGUUAAUAAAACAACGCCACAAACUCUAUCAAAUUUAUGUUUGAAAAUUAAUGUGAAACUUGGUGGUGUUAAUAAUAUUUUGGUACCAAGUGUUCGUCCGAUAAGUGUAUUUCGUGAACCAGUCAUAUUUAUUGGAGCUGAUGUUACACAUCCACCAGCUGGUGAUCGCUCAAAACCUUCCAUUGCUGCUGUUGUUGGUUCGAUGGAUGCUCAUCCAUCUCGAUAUGCAGCUACUGUUCGUAUUCAAAUGCAUCGUCAUGAAGUUAUUGCUGAACUAUGUACAAUGGUUCGAGAAUUAUUAAUCCAGUUUUAUAAAUCAACUCGAUUUAAACCAGCUAGAAUUAUUUUAUAUCGAGAUGGAGUAUCAGAAGGACAAUUUGCUCACGUAUUGGCUCAUGAACUGAUGGCUGUUCGAGAAGCAUGUGUUCGUUUAGAAUCCUCUUAUCAACCAGGAAUUACAUUUAUUGUUGUGCAAAAAAGGCAUCAUACACGAUUAUUUUGUGCUGAUAAAAAAGAGCAGUGUGGCAAAAGUGGUAAUAUUCCGCCUGGUACAACCGUGGACGUAGCCAUUACUCAUCCGACCGAAUUUGAUUUUUAUCUAUGUUCACAUGCUGGAAUACAAGGCACCUCUCGUCCAAGUCAUUAUCAUGUAUUAUGGGAUGAUAAUCAUUUUUCAGCCGAUGAAUUACAAGCAUUGACAUACCAACUAUGUCAUACCUAUGUGCGAUGUACAAGAUCUGUUAGUAUUCCAGCUCCAGCAUAUUAUGCACAUUUGGUCGCAUUUAGAGCAAGAUAUCAUCUAAUUGAACGAGAACCAGAAAGUAAUGAGGGUUCCCAUCAGAGUUCGAAUGGUGAUUCGAAUGGUCAACAAGCUAUCCAAUUAAGUCGUGCUGUUACAGUUCAUCCAGAUUCAGCUCAAGUUAUGUACUUUGCUUAA